UCCGGAGAGAAGCCGGGGAUGCCUCCUUUCAUAUAAGCCCGGUUCCUGUGCUGAUCCUCGCCCACUACCCGGAGCCGGUGUCCUUUGCAUGAGGCUGCGGAGCUCACAGGGUGGCAGCAGGUGGAACAAUGCUGGAGAUAAUCAGUUUGCAAGGCUUGACCCGGGAGCUGUCACUCUACCUGGAGAACCAAGUGCGGGUGGGUCUGUUCGGUUCUGGGGUGGGCUUGUCCUUGGUGCUGGGAUUUGGUGCAGCCUAUGCCUGCUACUACCUUAGUGUCAUUGCCAAGAAACCUCAGCUGGUGACAGGCGGGGAAGCCUUGUGUAGUUUCCUCAAGCGAUAUUGCCCAGCCGUUACCGAAACUUACUACCCUACGUUGUGGUGCUGGGAGGGCAGAACCCAGACAUUGCUGAGACCAUUUAUCCUUGUCAAACCACAAGUGCAUUACAGGAAUGAGCUUAUUAAAACAGCAGAUGGAGGGCAGAUUUCACUGGACUGGUUUAGUAAUGAUGAUAAUACACUUUACCCUGACGCCAGCACAAGACCUACAAUCCUUCUACUUCCUGGCCUCACGGGAACGAGCCGGGAAUCCUAUAUUCUGCAUAUGAUUAAGCACAGUGAAGAGCUUGGAUACAGGUGUGUUGUUUUCAAUAAUCGAGGUGUUGCUGGCGAGAAUCUUUUGACACCAAGGACAUAUUGUGCUGCAAACACUGAGGAUUUAGAGACAGUUAUUCAACAUGUGCACACAAUGUACCCGGAUUCUCCAAUGAUGGCAGCUGGUGUUUCCAUGGGAGGAAUGCUGCUGCUGAAUUACUUGGGUAAAGCUGGUCGUCAAACCCCACUCCAGGGAGUGGCUGUAUUCUCUGCUGGUUGGGAAGUCUUUGAAUCUGCAGUCACCCUUGAAAAACCGAUAAACUGGAUACUCUUCAAUUACUAUUUAACCACGUGCCUACAAGCAUCUAUUAUGAGGCAUCGCCAUGUACUGGAAAAGCAAUUUGACAUUAAUUACGUCAUGAAGGCUAAGUCUAUUAGAGAGUUUGAUAAAAGAUUUACCUCAUUGAUGUUUGGUUACCCGACAAAUGAUCACUAUUACAAGGAUGCCAGUCCUUGCCACAGGGUGAAAUCAAUUGAGAUACCAGUAUUGUGUCUGAAUGCUGUGGAUGAUGUAUUUUCCCCUGGUCAUGCGAUACCAGUGGAAAGUGCCAAACAAAAUCCAAAUGUUGCUCUAGUGCUUACCGCCUACGGAGGCCACAUUGGAUUCCUGGAGGGCAUUUGGCCAAGACAGCAAACUUACAUGGAUCGUAUUUUCAAGCAGUUUGUUCAAGCGAUUUUUGAGCAUGGCAAUGAAAUUUCAAGCAUGUAGCUUCUUGAAAUGAUGCUAUUUUUGUUGUCCACUACUCAUUGUUAUACAGUGGCAGGCUCUUAAAAA